GAUACAAGUUGAUCAGAUUACAAAUGGUGUGAGGUAUCGUGGAGGGAUUGUGUGCCCAUCUUGUGUUGAGAUAUGCUAUGAUGAUUUUCAAAAUUGCCCUGAAGCAGCUGAACUGUAUGGAGAUUUAGCAAGUCCUACUCAAACUCAAAACAUUGGAAUUCCCACUUCUGCUAGUGUUGGAAGUUCUACUUCUACAGUAUUAUAUAAGUUUCACAUCUUCUACUGUUAGUGUUGAAAGUUCCACAUCUUCUACUACUAGUGUCGGAAAUCCUACUUCUACUGUUAGUGUUGGAAGUCCCACUCCAACAGAUAGUGCUGGAAAUUUUUUGCCAAUGGUGGAGCUCCUUUUUGUACUCAUCUAUAUAUAAUUGAGCAUACACCCACGCAAAGCAGCACAUCACGUGAUCUGGGUGGGGCUCAGUGUGCAAAAAAUGUCAUAGAUAACAGAAUGAAAGAAGGGAAUAGAGUAAAGUCAUUUACUCUACUAUCUAUGAUAAUGCUUGCUAAAAUAUUGUUUGCUUUAUUUUCCCUUUCAGUCUGUGCAACAACUGGAGGAGCUGCGGCUGCUCCAACAGACAAGCCUCACAUUGUCUUUGUACUAGUGGAUGAUUGGGGGUUUGCUGAUGCCAGUUUCCGUAACCCAGCCAUUAAGACACCAAACUUCCAGUACCUUGUAGACAAUGGACUUAUCCUGAACAGACACUAUGUAUUCAAGUACUGCUCGCCUUCAAGAGCUUCAUUCCUAACUGGUAGAUUCCCUCAUCACGUGCACCAGUGGAACCCAACACCACUGGGAAUGGUUGGGACCAAUAUUAAUAUGACCAUGUUACCUGCCAAAUUGAAGAAUGCUGGGUAUGCCACCCACAUGGUUGGUAAAUGGCACCAGGGUUUAUACGACCCAGCUUAUCUUCCUAUUAAUAGAGGCUUCGAUACGUCAUCUGGGUUCCUGCAAGCUGAGGAAGGUCACUUCAAUCAGACAAUAGGUUGUGCUGUUGAUUUCUGGAAGAAUGAUGCCCCAGACACUCGUAAUGGCACAUGCGACUCUUAUAUUUAUAAUAAAGACCUAACCACUGUAUUCAAUGAACAUGAUGCCAGUAAACCAUUAUUCCUCUAUCUUCCAUUACAUAAUGUCCAUGCACCAAUUGAAGCACCUCAGGAAUGGCUGGAUCUCUAUCCUGCUAACUCUACCUGUGACACAAGGAGAAUACUGCAGGCUAUGGUCAGUGUAGCUGAUAAUGUCACUGGACAUGUUGUUAAUUUAUUAAGAGAAAAUGAUAUGUGGGAUAACACUCUAAUGGUAGUAUCAGCAGAUAAUGGAGGAGCAGAUUGUAAAGGUAGUAAUUACCCGUUGAAAGGUUCAAAAUACACUUUCUUUGAGGGAGGAGUGAGAGUCAUUGCUUUUGCAAGUGGAGGGCUGAUACCAGCAGGAAGACGUGGGAAGAGUACCGAUGGGUUCAUUCAUAUUGCUGACUGGUACACCACAUUCUGUAAAAUGGCUGGUGUGGAUCAUAAUGACUCUGGCAAAGGAAAGUUCCCAGUUGAUGGACUGGAUGUAUGGCCUAUCAUUACAGGAGAGAAUGAAGAAACGCAACAUGAAGAGAUUGUAUUGGGAUAUGAUUUUGACUAUUCACCCUCUCACACUCAUCAAGGUGCUAUCAUUGCCGGCAGACAUAAACUGAUUGUUGGUAACCAGUACACUCACUGCAACUCACUGAUGUGGUCACCAUUAAACUAUCCUUGCAGUAAUGGUAGUGUCUCUGAAGACUGUGAUCCUUAUUGUCUUUAUGAUAUCAUUGAUGAUCCAUCAGAAAGAAAUGACCUCUCAAAAAAAGAACUCGUAAUACUUAAAGAUAUGCUUGAUAGGUACAACAGUUACUCAAAGGAGCCUCGUUCAAUGCAAGACCAAGGUAUCCACAAUAUGGCGGAUAUUCCAAGAGGCAAACAGCUUUGUGAGUAUUUCAGUACACGAGGAAUGUACUGGCAGCCUUGGGUCAACGUUUGAUUAAUAUUAUUGCUGCUUUUACUUGCUAUAUAAUGCUAUCCUAUGCUUUACAUUAAAUUAAAGGGUAACUACCAUGUAUUUUUGGGGUUUUUUAUUUGCUUAAUAUGAUUGCCUGAACAUAGUAAUGAUGUGUAUUCAGUUUUACUGUCCAAAAAAAUAUUCACUGAGAUAUAA